AUGUCAGCACCAACCUUUGACCACAAGAAAAGGCCUCCGCCAAUUGCCAUACCACCUUUACUACCGUCUCGUCCCGUGCCUGGGCCAAACGCCUUCGCCAAUGCACCCUCUCAUACAAAAGGCAGUACCCAAUACCUUCAACGCCUCGCUUCCUCGCCAACACAGCAGGCCGCGUGCUCCGAAACAACCACGCCGCUGACGUCCCCGCUGGAGCCAGAUGAAUCGCGUCUGGCAAUUCCCAACUCUGGCUCUCAGACAAGCAAGCACCGCUCAUCAGCGAUGACCACACUUACCAGCCUGAUGGAACAAGCGCGCGGCUCACCACGCAAGUCAGACUGUGGCUCAGUACCUAGUCGGCAUGGCUCGACCGCGCGCUCCAAACAGUCGGAGUACAGCCACCGCAGUGCCACCAUAGCUCAAGCCCAACUAGAGGCACUGGACGAAGAUGGGACAACCACAAGAUCCCAGAUCGAGUCGCGCACUGAGAAGAAGUUGUUCAAGAUGACUGGCCAGAUUCCUCCUACACCCACUACAGGGACCAUCGAUCCAGAGAGGGUCUUCAUUCGAACGGAAGAUCUACGAGCUCAAUGCAGGGCUGCAAGUGGCGAGAAGAAACUCGAGAGUGAUGAGCCAAGCAAAAGUCCAAAGAAGAAGCUCUUCGGCGUCAGUCUUCCGACGUUCAGCAGGACACCAGCAAAUGGCGUGCCACCCGCAAUGCCAUCGAAGGCAGCCCAGGUACUCGGAACAAGUCCUUCACGCAAGUCGCGUCGAAUUCAGCCGCGCCCGAUCAAGUCUGCCCGCGUUAUGAAGACGCCGACGAAGGUCCCCAGAUCAGACACUGCCAACUCUCUACCUGCAAAGGUUUACUCUCAGACCAACCCAACGAGGACUCGAUAUGGCGGCUCUACCCUUCGCAACCGUACGACUGGUCGCAAAUCACCAGGGAAAGAGAACGUGCAACCUCAAGGACAGGCUACAGUGAACUUGUCGUUCGAGUCUAUGCCUCCUCCUACUCCACCUGCAAAGGACACACCACCAGAGUUGCGCCCUCCUGUGAACCCACCAAGCCCACUACGUCGGGCUCCGUCACGUGAAAAUCUCCGUGAAAGCUAUGGCGAGUUGACAGACAGGGGUAUACAAAUGCAGUUGCAGUUUCCAAUGUUUGCUCUGAGUCCUUUGCCUCCGAAGACUGCUAUACAUGGGAGCAUAGGCACGAGCCCAACAAAAUUCCGUCCAUAUACUGCUGAGGAUUACACCAGACUUAUUGAAGAUGGAGCAAAGAAAUGGCCGUACCCCGAAGAGGAUGCAGCUGAUGAGGUCAAAACGGGCGGUCAUAGUGCUCCCAUGGCUACUGAAGGACACGACCUACCGCGACUUCCUCACACGGGUCGCUGGAGCGAUGACAACCACUAUAAUGAGCGACUCGGUCGCCGUUUGAGUCCCCUGCCCCCACGAUUCUAUUCACCUUCCGAUCGCUCAGUCCAGCUUUUCAAAGACGGUGAAAGUCCAUCGCAAAACACUGACACCAGCCGUAUGCUUUUCGCGCAACCUAAGCCUAGCUUACUGCAGCUCCGCGAAGAUUCCAACAACGGUUCCAUCGAGAUGGUGUUCCAGGGCAGUGUGAACGAUAUCGAAUCCGACUCUUCAAAGACGUCGGCAACGAAGGUUGAUCCGCUUACAGAGGACAAGCAGCUGCAGCAGCAACGCGACGGCAGCGAACUUGCAAUGCGAGUCAUGCAAGAGCUUCGUAUGGGUGACCGACACCAGCCUUCUCCCGCAAAGAACGGCGUCCCAGGUCUCUUGCAGUCAGACAUCUCAUCAUCGAAGCUCACUGAUAUGCUGAACGGUGCAAGCCCUCGCGCCAAGUCUAACGGAGACUUUCGAAUCCAGUGCCCGAGUGCCGUUCCGAGCCCCCUCAACAAGCUCCAUGGACCUUACAUUGCAAAGCAACCAAUGUUGCGUGGCGGUAACGGUGCUUCUCCAGCAGGUCUCUGGGCGUCUCCACGUACCCCAAAGACCAUCGAUGACCACUUUUACAUGACUAACGAACAUCUCGACGUGGUUGGCAAAACGACGUACGACGCUCUUGACAUGUACAGCAAGCAACAGAUCAGCACAACAAAUGCAAAGUAUGACCAGCUUGUGGUUCUCAUGGACAAACACAUUGAAGGUCUGAAGUCACAGGUCAGCUCUGUCAACGAGAAAGCCGACCACACCUCCGACCAGACGCACAAUGUUAGUCUCCAGCUCGACCGAUUUGAAAACUUCCUCAAGGAUGAAGUUUUGGGCGCAAUGAUGGAUCAGACAAAGAAGACGACGGCAAUGGAGACGACGCUCGUUGAGAUGCAGAAGGCAAUGACACGCCUACAGCAGACGGUGGAGAAGCUCUCUGAAGUGAAACCCGGCCCGCAGUACUCAGCUACCAGUACAUUGCCCACUUCAGGUGCAACCGCUGUGCCGCCACAUGCUGUCCCUACUCAUCACUCUCAGCCCUCUCUUACGAGCUAUUACGGACAAUCCGGUGAGACUGGGCGAGAGGAACAGCCGCCGAUGCCACCUUUACAGGACCGUAACAUGUCAGACAACUACAACUCACACAGCGACCCGCGCGGGAGCCACGGCAACAACUGGCAGCCUCAAGCGUGGAACGGUCGCUCGACCUACCAAGGUCGCAGCAAGGAAGAGCGGCCUUCGUACUCAGGGACCAACCCAUACCACUUUGGCAACGGCGGGCAGUACAACAGCGCGUACAUGAACGGUUACCCCUGCUACAACUUCUCCCCGAGCACUCCUGAGCAGCCGUAUACGUAUGGCCAGAAGCCGGCUCAAUGA